AUGAACUCUCUCGCCGUCUGUCGACCGUCAGCCGCGACGCUGCGCGCCUCGCCACGUCAUUCUCGUUCCCCUCAUGCGUCCUCUCCUCAAGAACUUUCACGACUAGCCAGCAAGGCUAGAACCUCAAGCAAGUCGAAUGCGAUAACGGCUAGAGCUCUAUCGUCUAGUCCUGCCGGAUACUGUGCCGAUGACUUGUCUCGCUGUCGGACCAAUCGCGUGAUUACACGUGCUGCAGCAUCCCCCUCUUCUUUCUCGCCCUCCGUACCCGUCGCCGACGCUUCUGCUCCAAUUUCUCUCACAUAUCUCGAAGGCAACAGCUGGCUGUGGUCGGUGGACGGUGUGAAAGUACUCGUGGACCCAAUCAUCGAGGGUCCUCUAGAUUUUGGUAUCCCAUGGCUCUAUACAGGAUACAAGAAAGUGCUGAAGUCGCUCUCGCUGGAUGACGUCAUCGAUGCUGACGUGGUGCUUAUCACCCAAUCACUGGACGAUCACAUGCACGCGAGGACGCUGAAGGCCCUCGCGGCCAGACGGCCGGACGUGCCUGUAAUCGCCACUCCCAACGGCCAGGCGUUCCUGGACUCGCUCUUCUCCAAUGUGACAUACCUAGAGCCUGGUUCCUCCACCUCCUUCUCUUCUUCCAAAGGAGGCCGGCUGUCAGUCAAGGCCAUGCCUGGGCCUGUGCUGGGCCCACCCUGGCAGCGACCAGAGAACGGAUACAUCAUUCGAGGGGAGGCAUCAGGCGCCUCUAUCUAUAUUGAGCCGCAUUGUGUGUUUAACGAGGCAGCUCUUAAGGAGGAUGGUGAGAGAGUGGAUGUGCUGGUGACACCGGUGGUGAAACAGGAGCUACCGGGUUACACCCUCGUGUCAGGACAGGAGGAUGCUGUGCGGCUGGCUAAGGUUGUGGGCGCCAGAUAUGUGGCGCCUAUGGCAAAUGCUGAUGUGGACGCGUCAGGGAUAUUGAGUUCUCUUGUAACUCCCAAUGGCACUCUCAAUUCAUUCAAGGAGAUACUUUUGUCAGAGAAAGAAGUCAAUGUGGAGGUCCUGCAGAUUGUGCCUGGCCAACCUCUACACUCGGUGCGCCGCUUAUACGAGAACAUCGUGCCGUCCCAUACGGUGUACGACGUGGAGUCACCGGAGCACGUGAUUCGCCGCUUCAGCCACGAUGGGCAGUACCUCAUCUGCUUCUCCCGCAACGGUCUUGAGCUCAUCAUCUACCGCUUCCACUGGUUCAACUAUGGCGCCCAGGGAGCAGCAGCGGUGGCGGAAGCAGAGGAGGACGACCACCUUCCAGCAGCUGCCAGGAAAUUCCCGAGCUACUUUGAGCAGCUGUACUGCGCGCCAUUGGGGCGGGGCAGCGAGGUGCUAUGCAAGGACCUCUUCCUCUGCUGCCAGGGAUCUGCCCUCGGGGUGUUUGCGUCUGCCACACCUGCGGAUUUAGCCUCUCCACCUAGAGUGGGCGCAGUGAAGGGGGUUCCUGCAAUGGAGAGCAUCACAUUGCACCUCGUGAGGCUGUGCGACGGCAAGGUGGUGGACAGGAGGGUGUUUCGAGACGACUACAUCAACCUCACCCACAACGGCGGGGCGUUUCUCUAUGACGACCUGCUGUCUGUGCUCAGCAUUCGCUUCCAAAGGAUCCACCUCUUUCAGAUCGUUGAGGCAGCAGAGAGGUUUGUAGACGUGCAAGUGAUUGGGCCGUUCGGGUGUGAUGACGACGAACUGCUGCUACAGUCGCACUUCCACGAGGAGUGGCGCUUCCAGCGGCAUUUAGCUGAGCUGAGGAGAAGGCAGGCGAUGGGAGGGAGGGGAGGAGGUGGUGAGGGGAGUGGGGGUGUGGGAGCUGAGGAGGGGAUUAGUGAGGGGGGUGUGGGGGGGUAUACGGAAGAGGAGGGGGGGGUAGGAGAGGAGGAGGGGGAGGAAGGGGUGGAGAGGGGGGAGGGAGGUGAAAGGGGAGGAUGGGAGGGGGGAGGUGGAGAGGAGGCGGGAGGGGGAUUGGGAGGAGUGAGGGGAGGAGGUGAAAGGGGGGAGGGAGAGAGGAUGGGUGACGCAGAGAGGAACGGCAGGAGUGUGGGUUUAGAGGGAAGGGCGGAUGAAAGUAAAACGAGGGGAGGGGAGGGGAGAGAGGCGGAUGAGAGGGGUCAGGGUGAGGGGGGUAGGGGUGAGGGGGGUAGGGGCGAGGGGAGUAGGGGUGAGGGGAGUAGGGGUGAGGGGAGUAGGGGUGAGGGGAGUAGGGGGGAGGGGGUGGAGAAGGGUAUGGGACAGGAGAGGAAGCGGAAAGAGACGCACGGGCUGGGAGGAGGGUGUAUGGAUGGGAGGCAGGACGAACAGAGGGUGAAGAGGCCGAGAUUGAGACUGGGAAGCGUGAGGGAGGAGGGUGUGGAGGGGCAUGAGGGAGAGCAUGGGAUUGAGGAGCAUAGAAGAAGAGAGGAAGCAGGGGGAGGAGGCGGAGGAGUGAGAGGAGAGAGAGGAGAGAGAGGAGAGAGAGGAGAGAGAGAAGAGGUAGGAGAGGCAAAGAUAGGAUCGGUAAAAGAGGGAGACGGGGAAGGAGGAAGAGGUGGGGAAGGAGGAGAAUGGAAAGAAGUAAAGAGUAGUGGCAGAGAGACAGGGGCCACUGAAGGUAACGAGGGAACUAGAGGAGUGAGGGGAGAAAGCAGAGGAGGAGGAGGAAGUGGGGAAGGGGGAGGGGAAGUGGGCAACAAAAGUGACAGAGGGAGGGAAAGGGGAGAGGGAGAAAUAGGAGGAGAUAGAGGAGGAGCAAGAGGAUUUUCCGGGGCAGUGGGAGGGGUAGCGAUGAAUGAGAGGCGUUAUGGGGGGGAGGAUAGGGCAGGGGGAGGAGGGACGGGAGCAGGAGGAGCGGGGCCAGUGGGAGGGGUAGCCAUGUAUGGUAGGCGGUAUGGGGGGGAGGAUGGGCGCCUGCUAGAGCCGCGCACAUCAAUGGGCCCCCCUGGGGCUCCUGGGGAGGGCGGAUGGCAGCAGGGGGGAGGAGGAGGAGGAGGAGGAGGAGGUGGUAACCAGCGUGUGAAGAGAUUCCUGUACCACUUUCAGCACUACGCGGAUCUGAUCAUCUGGAAGGCUCAGCUGUUGGACCGCUGCCAUCUGCUCAUCCGCCUGGGCAGCACGGAGGGGGUGGUGCUGCGAGCAUCUGACAGCUCCCACCAGAAUUCAUUUUUCACGGUCUACAACUUUGUGACAACACGUGUGCUCUGCUUCUAUCAGAACUCAUCAGAAGAUUUUCUCUCGGCUUUUGAGCAUUUCUGUGACCACUUUCGAGCGCCGCCGAGGACCCCCGCAGGGUUUUCGUUCAUCAGCAGCUGCGCCAACAACGUGUUUGCGCGCGAGGCGUUCAAGAAGCAGAAGGCUGCGCUUGUGACGUGCAAGGGCGGGUCACAGACACAGGCAAUCAAGCGAAUGCUGGCUGCUCUUCCAUACAGCGCACAGACCUACUCCCCAUCUCCCUACUUCGACCAGUCGCUCUUUCAUUUCGAUGAAAAGCUCAUAUCGGCGUCGGAUCGGCACAAGCCCUGUGUGGAGCACCCAAUCAAGUUCAUCCUGCGGCGCCGGCCAAAUGUCCUCAAGUUCAAAAUCAACCCAGGUUACGAGUCUGCAAACCCAGAUGCGCGGAUAAAAAGAGUGGCAACAUAUAUCUUCCAUCCAUUUCUUCCCUUCGCCAUUUCAGUGCAGCAGACCUUUAUGCAGCCUUCAGUUGUAAACUUCCAUUUCCGAAAGUGA